GGCGCCCCAAGAAUGGCAUAAGUUUAAAGAGAAAAAUACAAUUGUCAUCAUUUGCAGAUGAUGACCACCCAGAACACUGCAAGGAACACACCAAGAAAUUAAGAUGAACAGGGGGAGAAUUUAGCAAGAUAGCUAGUAACAGGUCAAUACACGAAAGUCAUUUCUCUACAUUAGCAACAAACAGAAAGAAAUAACCAAAAAGUUGCCAUACUGCUUACAAUUUUAUUUUAAAAGUCCAAGUCUCUAGGAAUAAAUAUAACAAAGACAUGCCAGAACUCUACAUGGGAAGAAUUGUUAAAAUUUUGCGAAAGGACAGCAACAAGAUGGAUGAGAGACAUAACAAGUCCAAGAUUAGGGGAUAAAAUGGGUGUGAAUUUGAAAACACUACCUGUCCCUGGGGUGGGUGUGGUUGGGAGGCACUUGGAUGUGUCACUGGAAUACACAAUGAAUGACCAUGCCUCUAAGUUGCCCUCUCUUUCUCUCUUCUCGUUUGAGCUGUGCCUGGUCAAACCCAGCAGUCCUCAGCCAGGACUUACCAACCCAUCCUGCCAGCAGCAUGAAGCCUGUGCUGUUUCUUCAACUUCUGCUGUUGAUUCACGUAGCACCUCAGCGGGUGUCUGGGAGUCCCAAGCAACAUUUUAUGAGGAGUAUCUUGGAACCGCCACCCUGCAAAUCAGACCCUGAAAACUGCACUCAUUUCUGUACAUUGCAGGAAGAUUGCCAUAAAGGAUUUCAGUGCUGUUCUGCCUUCUGUGGGAUAGUCUGUACUCUAAACAUAAAUAUAAACCAUGACAGAACCAAACACAGGAACAUAAGAAACAUCAUGGCUGGUAACUGAGGCAUGUUUCUCAGAGCAUUUUGUUCCAAAUAAAUUAGCUCCCAGAGAAGAUAAGCGGCAUGUGUCUGACCUUGGAAACAUCUAAGACGGAGUCAACCAUAGUUGCGGAAAGUACUCCAUCCCUGAGAGAUAAUAUAAUUAAACCACGUGAUGAAGAACCAGAUAAUUCAACGAUGAUCUUGAUUCCUCUCCUAAGCCUCCAGCAACUAGGGAAGAUGUUUCUUCCCCUGCAAAUCCCAUGGGAAUGUGCCAACUUGGAAAUUUGUGGUCACCUAGUCCCACGAUACCACUCCUGCAACCACAUCCCAUCCAAAUGAACUUAUUCCAAGAUAAAUUUAUCACAAUUCCAUGUUGCACUCUUCUCUUCUGUUUCCCCCUUUCUAAUCCAGCUGAUCCCUGGUGACCCCUGACCCUGAGCUGGAAACAUUGUUCAAAAACUCUACAGGCUCCUUCACUGCCAUCAGCUGACCUGAUGUGGUUCAAGGUGACUUCUCACACUAAGAGUGGCUGGUUCAAACUAUAGCUACCACUGUUUGAAUGACCUGAGUUUGUUCUGUCCCUUACAAGAACACUGAUCACAGGAGGCGAUUUAAAGGUGAAUUUAUAUUGGGGCGCCUCGGUGGCUCAGUCGGUUGAGCAUCCAACUUCGGCUCAGGUCAUGAUCUUGAAGUUCACGAGUUCAAGCC